AUGACUUCUACCAGCAAGUUGCUGGGUUUGGUGGAGGUGGGGCUGAAGUGCGACCAGGAGAUCGAGAGGAGGUACGAGAUUGUGCCCUCGGUGGUCUGCUCCAUGUGCUGCCUCUUUGGAAUCAUCUACUGCUUCUUUGGCUACCGAUGCUUCAAGGCGGUGCUGUUCCUCACUGGCCUGAUGUUCGGCUCCGUGGUCAUCUUCAUGCUGUGCUACAAGGAGCGGGUGAUGGACACUCAGCUGAGCGUGGAGGCCUCGGUGGGCAUCGGCCUGGGCAUCGGGACCCUGUGCGGCCUGGUGACCAUGCUGGUCCGCAGCGUGGGGCUGUUCAUGGUGGGCCUGCUGCUGGGCCUGCUGCUCGGAGUGGCCUCACUGGUGGUCAUGGAGGAGUUCUAUCACCCCAAAACGGUGUGGGUUCCUCUGGGCAUCCUCCUGGGCUCCGGGACGCUGUUCGCCGUCCUCACACUUCAGUGGCAGUGCUGCUUCGUCACCCUCUCCACCGCCACAUUCGGCUCUGCCAUCAUCACUGUCACCGUGGAUUACUUCAUCGAGCUGUUCGCCUUGGUCCACUAUGUCUACGAGAGGCUAAGGGUGGCGCCAAAGAAGCCAGUGUGCUGGUUUACGUGGGUCAUCUUGGGGGUGUGGCCUGUCCUGGCCCUCCUCGGAGUGCUGAUCCAGUGGAAAGUCACUGCAGAGGGAUUUUCUCACACAGAGGUGGUUCUGAGUCGACAGCAGCGAAGGGUCCAGCUCAUGCGUAUCCGACAGCGUGAAGAGAAGCUGAAAAAGGAGCGGGAGAACAAGAAGAAGAAGAAACGACAGACCCCGAAAACCGGCCACAAGCAGAAGGCCCAGACCCAUCACCACCACCACCACCACCAGCAGUAUCACCACCCAGCCGCGUCCCACCCUCAUCACCAAACCCAGAGCUCCCAGAACUCCCAGCCGCCGAAACUCCCUCCUCCGCAAACUGAGCCUGGCUACCACCGCAAGGUCAACCCUAAGAGACGCUUCGAUGGAGACGUGCUGUCACCGAGCUACAUCAGGAGUUUCAGGGACAGGCAGACGGACAGACGGGUGUACUCCAACAGUCGCAUGAUGAGUCGCUCCCGGAUGGCCGAACUCGACUACGACUGUGGCUCUCAGGUGCCCCUCACGGCCCCCAGCUGCCCCCCGGUUCGCAUCUGA